AUGUAUCCAAAAUUCACCGACCUGCCCGUUGAUAAGAAUGGCCCUCACGGCAAUGCGUGGGGCCUCUGGAGCCCUGACGACCAGAUUGGCACCUUGAAUCUCCUGACCGAUGAUGUUGUAGCUCAAGCCGCCAAGGAGUGUAUACAAACAGGGCAAAGAGUCUCCUUGAACUGGUCAAUGGCUGGCGCAUCCAAGCCUCAAUUCCAGUUCCCUAGGAAGACUCUGGAGCAGACACUCAUCAACAAGGCGCCACUGAAGCAUGCUCAUGAUGAUGAGUGGUCGUUUAAUUCUCAAUGCAGUUCACAGUGGGAUGGCUUUCGCCAUUAUGCAUAUCAGAAAGAACAGUUGUACUACAUGGGUCGGUCUGCGCAAGAUUUUGCCACCUCUUCGCAUCCAAACAGUAUACAUCAUGUGUCCGCCAAGGGUAUUGCCGGUCGCGCCAUCUUUAUUGACUGGUACAGCUGGGCACUGAAAAACCACAAGACUGUCGACGCUUUUACAUCGUACGCGGUGCCGUUCAGCGAAAUCGCCCAGGCGCUCCAAGACCAGGGCCUGACCCUCGACGUGUUCCGCCCGGGAGACAUACUCAUGAUUCGCUUUGGAUACCUGGCACAGUACGAGACCAUGAACGACAACAAGCGCGACGAGCUGGACAAGCUUUAUCAGAGCAAGAAGCCGGACAAUAUCGGCAUCCAGCCGAGCCGCGAGCUGCUCGAGUUUCUAUGGGAUCGGAAACUCGCGGCGGUCGCUGGCGAUUCACGCUCCUUUGAGGUCUGGCCUUGCACCGAGGAACAGUGGCAUCUCCACGAGUGGCUGCUGGCUGGUUGGGGCAUGCCCAUUGGCGAACUCUUCUAUCUCGAAGAUCUUGCCAAGAUUUCCGCCUCUACCGGUCGAUAUAUUUUCUUCUUGUCUAGUUCCCCAAUGAAUGUGCCCGGUGGCGUCGCAAGUCCACCCAACGCUCUUGCGUUAUUUUAA